CUGGAGAGUCGGCUUUGGGCGGAAGUGGCUUCAUAAAACCAAAGAGCGAGAUGGGGGUGAAGCUGGAGGUGUUUCGGAUGUCACUCUAUCUCACUUUCCCUGUGGUUAUGUUCUGGAUCUCCAAUCAGGCUGAGUGGUUCGAGGACUAUGUUGUCCAGCGCAAGAGGGAGCUGUGGCCACGAGAGAAGGAGGGUCAGCGCCAGGAGCUAGAAGAAUUUAAACAGAAGAUCCGGAAGCAGAGAGAAGAAAGACUUCUUCAAGCUGCCCAGCAGAGCUCCUGAGACCUUCAGUUCCUUAAGUUCCAGUGCCAUCCUGCCUCCUCCCACACCCCUCCAAGAAUAAUACACACUCAACUCUUUGUUGCUAGC